AUGGCUUCAACAUCAGCAGCAUCAGACUUCUACAACGUUGAUAUCAAUGAUACACGUCUUUGCGUCCUGAGGCGAUACCAAAAUCUGCGUAUUAUCGGUUCAGGCGCACAGGGUGUUGUUUGUGCAGCACAUGAUACACUGCGUGAUGAACAAGUAGCAAUAAAAAAAUUGAGCCGACCAUUUCAAAACGUCACUCAUGCAAAGAGAGCAUUUCGUGAAUUUAAGCUCAUGAAUAUCGUUAAUCAUAAAAAUAUAAUUGGUUUAUUGAACGCAUUUACACCUCAAAAAACAUUAGAUGAAUUUUCGGAUCUAUAUAUUGUAAUGGAGUUGAUGGAUGCGAAUCUAUGUCAGGUGAUACAGAUGGAUCUGGAUCAUGAGCGGAUGUCCUAUUUAUUAUAUCAAAUGCUUUGUGGUAUUAGGCAUCUUCAUGCUGCGGGUAUUAUUCAUAGGGAUUUGAAACCAAGCAAUAUUGUCGUUAAAAGUGAUUGUAGUUUAAAAAUACUCGAUUUUGGAUUGGCCAGAAGUGCUGGAGAUUCGUUUAUGAUGACACCGUACGUAGUGACACGUUAUUAUCGAGCACCCGAAGUGAUUCUUGGUAUGGGCUAUAAAGAGAAUGUUGAUAUUUGGUCGUUGGGCUGUAUAUUCGGCGAGAUGAUUCGUGGUGGUGUUUUGUACGCGGGUUCUGAUCAUAUCGAUCAAUGGACGAAAAUUGUCGAGCAACUCGGCACGCCAUCGACCACAUUCAUGCGACGUCUACAACCAACCGUACGUAAUUACGUUGAGAAUCGACCGCAUUUUAAUGGUUUUUCCAUCGAAAAACUCUUCCCAGAUAUGUUAUUUCCAGCAACGAGUUCAGAUCCUCGUUUGACGGUGGACAUUUGGUCGAUUGGUUGUAUAUUUGGUGAGUUGAUUCGUGGACGGGUCUUAUUCCCGGGUACAGAUCAUAUUGAUCAAUGGUCGAAAAUCAUCGAACAACUCGGUACACCCGGACGGGAUUUUAUGCAAAAAUUGCAGUCAACAGUUAGAAAUUAUGUUGAGAAUCGGCCACGUCAUACUGGUUUACCAUUCGAUAUUUUAUUCUCUGAUAAUAUGUUUCCACCAGCGGCAACCAAUAGCAAUUUGUGUCCGAAUCAGGCACGAGAUUUAUUAUCGAAAAUGUUAGUGAUAGAUCCAGAGCAGCGGAUCUCGGUAGAUGAUGCGUUAAAGCAUCCGUAUGUGAACGUAUGGUUUGAUGAGAAAGAAGUAUUUGCACCUCCGCCGCAACAAUACAAUCAUUCGAUUGACUCACAUGAGCAUAGUGUUGAUCAGUGGAAAGAAUUGAUAUUCAAAGAAAUAAUGGUGUAUGAGCAAACGCACGAUUCGUAUGGUCAAAAGAAGGUGUUAUUCAAUGGUGCUGGCGAGCAACAACAACAAAGAUGCGACACUGUUUGUCAUGAACCAGUGUUCGGUGAUGCUUUCUAG